AUCCGCCCAAGUUUUGGAAAGUUUAUGUCACGUGACUAAAGAUGGCGCACUUGUAAAUUUAGUGUGGAAUGUAAUGGGAAAAGAAGAAUGCUGAAUGGCAUUUGAUAAGAAUUCAAGCCCCGUUUAUGGAGGUGGGCAGAUCAGUGUGGAUCUGUCCCAGGGGGUCCCCUUAGACAGUCCUUUGUACCUGGUGUUUGAGGGACCCUAUCAGAGACACAUUACAGUGGGGAUCAGAUAUGGCAACACCUGCUGGGCAGUUAUUCCAGCCCAUGGUGAAGCGGAAAAAGUGCAGUUGACUCUCUUCAGUUACUAUAACAACGAUAUCUGUGCCUUGGUGACCUCUGCAUUUGACUUCUAUCAUGACCCUACCUAUUUUCUGGCCUGCUUUUUAGUAGAGAGUGUAUAUAAUAUAGCAGCUUUAGAGGAUUUAGAACUCAUAAAAUCAGAAAAGUUUGACCUGGGGGAGGAAGAUCUUGAUACACUGGACCAGCGGUUAUAUCUGGCCUUGAAGUACCUAGAGAUACCUGAAUGGUGGCAUAUACUGGGUCCAAACUCACCUGCUGUUUCAGCAGAACACAUACCACGUGAGACUCUCCUACAUUUUGUGGCUCGUCUUGGACUUAAAAAAGUUGCUCUCUUUUUACUUGAUAAAAAUGGUGCUCAGGAAGCUCUGCAUCUACACAAUCGCUAUGGGAACCUCCCAAAGGAUCUGGCUGCUGAAAAUGGUCACUCAGAGUUAGCUUCAAUACUGGCAGAGUUUAGUGGUCAUUCUAUAACAUUAUACACAGAACCAGUUGCCACAGAGUUUGGAAUUAUUUGUCAACUGGACAAUGGUCAAAAGUCCAUGAGUACCAUCACUCGCAGACCAGUGGAGGAAGAUAUUUACAUUUAUCAUGAAAUGAUCAGUCAGGAGGAAGGGGGAGAUAAUUCUGUCCAAUUGGAAUGUCAGACAGUAUGGCCUGUCACUGGGACAGAAAAUGAUACAGAGAGCCAGUCUGUGACUGAGAUGGAGGAUGGUGAAAACAAGUUGCAGACCAUUAUAGAAAAAACCAGAACAUUGCAGGAUGCAAUAAAAAAUGUCACCAAUGAUGACCUUGAUAAUUCCCUGGAAGACCUUGAAUCUCCUGGACAUUCCAUGGAAGAUUUAUCGGAUGUAAUGUCCGACAGGGGCGAGAUGGAUCAGGGAAUUUAUGACGGAACAUUGACUGCUGUACAAGGUCUCAAUGAAGACUUGUUUAAACUGCGGGAUUUUCAUCGCAAUAAACUCCAGACUCAGGAUCACUUAGCCAGGCACAGUAACUCUUGUCCUUCGCUUGAAAACGAAGGUCGGUUUUCACCCCUGCCUGUCGUUCAACAAGGUGAGCGACGUAACUCCAUGCUGAAUUUGGCCAAGGAUGAUGUGGAACCAUUUGAUUCACAGUACUCAUCUCGGGUCCCGCAUGAUUCAAAUGACACUCCUGGUGUUCAGAUUUAUGUAAAUGGGAAGACAGUUGAACACACAGACAGCCAAGAAGAGCCCUUGGACUCUAGUCUCAACAACUUCCUGAAGGACUUCUAUGGGGGUAACACUCCAGGGGUGAGACGAAGAAGCUGGGGGCCCAAUCUGAUGACCCAGAAUGCUAUAGGACACAGAAUUAACAAGAAAAGUAACCCAGUGUUGUCUGGUAAAAGUUGUAGUCUGAACAGCUUAGACGGUGAUGACUCAGAUAAUGAAAUGUCUAAUGAUGAAACUGACGAGCAGAAGCCAGCAUCGCCUACAGAGUCACAUGACCAGGUGGUUCCUCCUGUAGCUAUGGAGGGACUCAUGGUUACAUCCCCCACUUCCUCCCAUUCCAGGAAUUACAAUCACAAUAAAGAUGAUGCCAACCAGGGCCAAACUUUGACAAGAACACUUCAUAGCAUGAAGAAAGAACUUGUCUCACCCAGGCAAACUUUGAAAUCCCUGUCGCAAGACGGAGAGACGACGAUGUCGGGUCAGAGUGGAGACUCGACUGAUGAAGAUAUGACCUCUAACCUAAAUGUUCCACAUUCCACCAUGACUAAAUCAAUGUCUACGCCCUCAAUUCCCGCAGCUGUUUCCCCUACUGAAAAGAAGUCAUUUCAGAAGGAGGCAAAACAAAGGGCUAAACUAUUCCGAUCCAAUACCCCUUCUUAUCUACUCAUUCAAAAACUUAUAGAGGAACAUGACGCACAAUUUCGAAGACAAGAAGAAAUUCAUGAAGAUGACGAUGAGAGAACAAACCGUUUACUGGGCCGUAACAACAGUAAAUCCCGCAGGAAGUCAGAACUGUCUCUGCUCGACUUCCUCACUGAAACUGCCAACUACACAACAGAUGAGCAAGCCAAAAUUGCUAAGAGAGAAAAAGAGGAGAAAGACAAGAAACGCAAAAGUAGUGUCUUCUCCCGAUUAGGUAGCAGCUACAGGACAAAGAAGCACAAGGAGAAAGAGAACAAGGGUCGCCAUGGUCACAAUUUUGUGUCAGUCAGCUUCAGUAACUCCACCUCUUGUGACGUCUGUUCUAAAUCUAUGGCCAACAAAGCAGCUCUCAGAUGUGAAAAUUGUUCAAUUAACGUCCAUGAAAACUCGUGCAAGGAGCAAAGUCCUCAUUGUGACAAGAACAGACACACUAUCAGGGUUCCUCAACGAGGUCCAGAAACAGGAUCAAUGACAAACCUCCACACGCAGGAUAAACAGCUGACUGCUGGUACUGCGUACUCAGGUCUGCGACCCACCCAGUCCUUUAAGGAGCGGAGUCCAUCAGCGGGGGUCCCAUUGAGGAAUCAGGUAACCUCCUCCUCCUCAUCAGCAGGUGUCUCUCUGUCCGCUAUUCCUGACUCUUCUGAACCUGACGAAAACCAGGGAGACAGACAUCAUGCAGCUCUUCAUAGAAGAAGUUUACCAAAUGCAAGUUAUUCAAUGUCACCACAAUACCAGAGACCAGGCUAUCAGCACUGGCGCCGCGCCAGGGAGAAGCUUAUGGGCAUCGACAAAGCUAUUCAUGAAGAGACCGACCAGGAUAGACAGGGACCAGGGCAGGACCUCGGUCAGAUUGGGUUAUCUAGUGCAAACUCCAACUCACUGGAAAGCUUAGAUGAUGUUGAUGCUGUUUUAGAGGUAACGUCACAUAUUGAUGAGGAUUUACGGAAUCUCAGUGCUGAAGAACCAGAGACUUGGAGUGAAACCAUCGAGAAAAAGAAAAGGAAACAUUUCAACUCACAAGAAAUUAAAAGACAAGACACAAUAUGGGAACUUAUCCAGACAGAGAGACACCAUUGUAGAACAUUGAAAAUUCUACAAAGGGUGUACGCCCAGGGAAUCUUGCAUGAUCUCCACAUGCCAAAAGCAGUUGUUGAUAGACUCUUCCCAAAGCUGGAUGAACUAAUCGAAGUCCACAUGGGGUUUCUUCGGAAUCUUCAGGAAUUACAGAGACGUCACCAUGAUCGCUCUGUUGAAAAAAUUGGUGACACGCUUCUCAACCACUUUUCUGGAGAGUCGGCAGAGAAGAUGAAGUGUGCUUAUGGAGCAUUCUGCUGUGGGCACAAAGACUCUGUUCUUUAUUAUAAAGACCUACUCAUAAAAGACAGAAAAUUCCUUAAUUUUAUCAAGAAGUGCAAUAAUGACCCUUUACUGCAAAAGAGAGAGAUACCAGAUUUUGUUCUUCUAGUCACACAGAGACUCUCCAAGUACCUGGGACUGCUCGAUACAUUAAUCAAAAGAACUACAGGUAAGGCAGUCACACAGAGACUCUCCAAGUACCUGGGACUGCUCGAUACAUUAAUCAAAAGAACUACAGGUAAGGCAGUCACACAGAGACUCUCCAAGUACCUGGGACUGCUCGAUACAUUAAUCAAAAGAACUACAGGUAAGGCAGUCACACAGAGACUCUCCAAGUACCUGGGACUGCUCGAUACAUUAAUCAAAAGAACUACAGGUAAGGCAGUCACACAGAGACUCUCCAAGUACCUGGGACUGCUCGAUACAUUAAUCAAAAGAACUACAGGUAAGGCAGUCACACAGAGACUCUCCAAGUACCUGGGACUGCUCGAUACAUUAAUCAAAAGAACUACAGUGAAGGAGGAGCGACAGAACAUCAGUCAGUCAUUACAGCUCAGUAAGGAGAUCUUACAGAGUGUAGACGACCAAGUACAUGAACAGGAGAGAAUACAGAGGUUACGGGAAAUCUACGAAGGAUUCGACCCUAGAGCUACCACUUUCUACAAAGGAAAGAAAUUCAAGAAAUCAGACAUAUCUUCGCAUGGGCGCAAGCUUGUGAAAGAAGGAACAAUCGGUCUAAAAAGUGCUCGAGGAAAAGUUACAGAGGCAAUCAUGGUCGUUUUGACAGAUCUCAUAUUCUUCAUGCAGGAACAAAAUGGCAAAUACACAUUCUUCUCUCAGGACAAUAAAUCAUGUGCAAUACCCCUCUUUGAGCUACUGGUCCGGGAGAAGAGUGACACCAAAGAGAGUAAGGGAAUUUACUUGAUUAGUCAGAACAAGCUAAACCCAGAAAUGUAUGAGAUUGUGUGUAACACUAACAGUGAAAGAGAGGCUUGGAUCCGAGAGAUAAGGGCAGCAUCAGAAAAAUGUCCAGCGGAUGAUGAGUAUGAGCAACAGGAAGAUGACGAGGAGGAGAGGAGACAAAUGGAGGCUCGAUCAGCGAAGAUCAAAGAAAUCAUUGAACAAUUACACAAGAAGGAUGAUGAGAUUAAGUCAGUAUGUGAUACAAAGAACCAACUGAUGAUAGAACUACUGGAGAUUUAUAACAUGAGGGACCAGACGAAGCGGCCAGAUUCUAUGGGGUCAGAGGAGGGCUCGGAACAUAUGGAUGCUCUACAGGCAGCAUUACAGCAUGUGACAGUAACAGCCUCUAAUCUGACCAACAUGUUAGAGGGUGGGGAUUCAGGCCACAAUCAGCUGAUGCGACACGUCAGCAGUGUAGGAGAACAUGUCAGUUCAUCGUAUCAAAUCACUCCAAUGGCUAAACGGGCAGAGACAUUUGCUGGCUUUGACACCACAUUUGAUUUAUCAAAAGGUCACAAUGGUAAACGGUACAGUCAGGUGAUGGACAGUGAAAGUCAACUUCCACAAACUGACAGUGACUCGGAAUUGUCCUAUGAUCAGCAGUCAAUGUACAUGGACUCUAAUGACAGCAGUAGUUGUAACUAUGACAGCCAAAGUAUUCCUGGAUCUGUAAUGGAGAUCUACUCCUCCCAGCCCUCAGCAAUCCUGACAAGGGAGCACAUUACCACAAUGCAGCAGCUCUCAACCUCCCUCAACAGUAUUGUGCAUUUAACAGCCAGACAUGGAACUGAGGUUGAAUCUUUGAAGGCUCAGCUAGCAGAUGCAAAUGAGAGAAUUAACAAGCUGUCUGCCGAGGUUCAUGAUAAACGGGGAGGUAGUUAUAGACAGCACCACACACUGGAGGAGCUGCGUAACAUACAGGAACAGGUCCAGCGAGAAAAAGCUGUGUUAGCCAGACAAAGGGAGAAUGAGAUGAGGCAAAUUAACAUAGAACGGGCUCUACUGGAUGAACAGCGCAAACAGCUAGAAAAAGAUCAAGCAGACUUACUUGCAAAGAAGGAGGAUUUAAAGAGACAGAAGGAAGCCUACCAGAGACAAAUUGACAUGUGGCAACAAGAGAAGAUAAUUCAUAGGGAUUCCCCUGUAGAUAAAACAGUCAAUUCCCAAGGAGGGGUUGUAUUAAGGGAUAAAGAAAAUCUGAAGGGAAGCAGCUCAACAGAUCCCAAAAAUGCCUCCUGUCCUGACUCUCCAAGUCAGAAUUCACACAGACGUUCAGCUAGUGCUGACUUCUGCUCCAUGAUUGAGGGCGAUCUGGAGAGACUAAAGUCUGGACACAUGAAAACCACUCGCCGUGAGCUUCCUGUACGGCCUGAUCAGCCCAGAGGGGUCCAGGCUACAGCAAGUUUCUCUUCAAGUGUGUCAAGUAAACUGGCUGGAAAUAAGAGCCAGAAACUGCCUGCACAUUUGUUAAGUGCUAAAAAUGAACAGAAGAAAUCUGGCUCUCCCUCCCCACUCUCUCAAACUGUUGGUUCUAAUAAAGGAGUUCAACAGGUCCUACCAUUCAAACUAGCAGAUGCGGGAAGCAAAUCAGUUUCACAACAGAUAACAGGAAGUCAAAGUGUGUCAAAUCUCUACAAAUCAAAUCGUCCCCAGCAACAGCAGAAAUCAUCAUCGUCUUCUUCACUGUUGGGUGGAGUGUUAAAAUUGGCAGAGCCGGGUGCAAAAGGGAAAACUCCUAAUAACAAUGGUGGACAGAAGUCAUUGUCUGUGGAUAGUGGACAGAAUAGUGAUGCCAAAAAUAAUGCUCAGGAAAAACCCGGCCAUCAGAAAAAUGGCAGUGGGAUUUUCUAUAUGUAAAAAUACAGAUGAUAGAUAUGUGCCAUACAAUUGCCAGACUAUAAAUGACUAAAGAGGGGCAGGUAACCAGCCAAGACCUGUUCCAGUAGAGUAUAUCUGGUUGGAUAAUACCAACAAAAGUCAACCAAUUGUCUUUUCUCUCAGGAACGUCACAUCAUAUCACCUUAUUGUUGAUGAUGUCAGAAAGGAUGGACAAAUUUCCUCACUCGUCAAAGCCAAAGACUGCCUAAUUUCCACAAUUAGACAUUUUCAAUUAUCUUUCAAUGAUAAUUGAGAAAUUUGUGCAGCAUGAUAUAUGUGGGCACAAAAUCAUAUGAGGAGGCAAAAAACAAAAACAAUAAAAACAAACAAAACCAAUUUUUAAAAUAUUUCUUCAUAGAAAGUUCCAACUGUAGUUCGUGAUUUAAAAAAAAAAAAACGAUGUCCAAUUAGCUUGCCUUGUAUGAUUUGUCAUCAUUAUAUUUCAUGUUGCCAAAAUUUACCACUGAUUAUGAAUUUACAACAAGUGCUGGCACACUUGGAGAUCUGAGAUACACAUCACUGUUAGGGUCAUAAUGAGUUUUAAUUUUAAUGGAAAAAUUAGUCGCUAUUUUAAUUAAUGUUGAAAGUUUUAUAUAUGGAGGUCAAUGAGUAGCACACUGUAUGAGUGUUGCAUUUUUUUUAAAAACCUGUUAUUUGUAGAUGAUGUAUUUAUUGACUUUUGUGUUUAUUACUCAUUCAGUCACUUUUUGGUUUUCCAUGGUAAUAAAAGAGUAAAAUAUAUAUAAAAAAAAAAACUCAAGAGCUGUAUGUAUAUUCGAUUUGUGUAAAUUUAAAUAGUGUGAGUAAAGGCCACGUGUUUUAGACUUUAGAAUGCUAAAGUGAUGGUGGUGUGAAUUUUUCAUUUACAUGGACUGACUUUGGAUAAUACCCCAGGGUGACAAUCUCUGACUCUUUAAGGGGUUAUCAUUGCUAAUGUGACCUCUUGUAAUCUUUCAGGAAAUAAAUUCCUUACCAAACAUUCCCAGACUAAAUAAGAUCUUUAUUUUUAUGACUUUAAUUUUUAUAGCGAUUUUUUGCCAAAUUAAUUGAGAACUUUUUAACCUGUUUUUUUUUUAUACAGACAUGUGGCCCUCACUUUGUUAUUUAACAUAGAUUUUCAUAUUUGUUCAUUUAUAGGCAAUGUAUAUCAUAUAUCAUUUCAAAGAACUAGAAAUCAACCCAUUACAAAAGACUGCUGAAUGUCAAUGACAAACUGUACAUGUAGUUCUGUCAUUUUAAACAUGAAGUAUUUUUUAUUGUAAAACCACAUAUCAACUGCUGAUUAAUAAUUGUCAAUGGAAUGUGUAAUAUUUAUUUUAUUUAUAAAAUUGUACACAGAAGAAGAGAAAAAAUGUUGAAAGUUUUUUUUUUUUAUGUAUGAUUGAUGAAUUUAAUACAAACUUAAAUUCAUUCAACAUUUUGAAAAUUUAACACAUAUUAAGAGGCAGCUGGUCUGCCAUGAUUUACUAAAUAAAAGAAAACUAAAGGUGUGUAUAAUAGUAGGUGACUUUUGAUCUGAUGAAAUUUCCUUAAAGAAUUCUUGCUUGUUCAAGAGAAUUUCAAUACACAGUCUUGCAUGAUUUUUUCUGUGUUUUAGAAGUAGCUGUUUCAUAAACAGAUGUCUUCAUAACAAAACCUUUCAUUGUUCAUUAUAGAAUCUUCCCUUCAUUUUGCUACAUUUGUGAUGAUUGUUUUCGACUUUGUUAAAUAUAUAUUUCUAUGUCUGGAUACUUUUUUUCAUGGGAUAACUUGAAAUGUUAUCUUCAUUGUUUGAAGAGUUUAAGUGGGAUUAUCCUCAGGGAGAGGGGUUAAACUGAGUGGUUAUCCCAAAGGAUCAGGAUUAGGAUCUGGAUUUUUUUCGUGUGUCGGAUCAGGCACAGAAUGGAACUUGUUAUAAUGUAAUAUUUUACAUUUUAUCAUAAUUAACCAAAUCUGCCAUUAAUGGUUUUAAUUAAAAAAAAAGAAAGAUA